AUGAUGAGACCAUCUUAUUCGAGGAAAAAUAGUGGGUUUCAUAUAUAUCAAUCGCAGCAGCCUGCUCAGGAUCAAUAUUAUUCUGCUUUUGAUACCACCAAUCCAUUAAUGUCGUAUCCUCAAUUCGAACAACCUUACGGUGCGACUUUCCCACCACCCCUUUCUUCUUCCACUCAUUUCCAGCAAACUUAUUAUAAAGGUUCACCAUUACCAAAUGCACCUCCAACACCAUUCGAUACUGCUUAUGGUGCUACAUUGUUACCUUCACAUUUAUUAAUGGGUUCACCAUUUAUAUCUUCACCAAAUGUACCAACCCCACAACAACAAUAUUUUUUACAACAGCAGUUUAAUACUAAUAAUAAUAAUGGCAGUAGUACUCCAAGAAAGUCCUUUUUUAAAGUGUCAAAUAGACCAAUUUCUUCUAGAUCAUCUCGCUUCUCAGAAAAAAGGAAAAGUUUUAUUAUAAAUAACCCUACAACUAAUAACAGCAAUAAUAAUAACAAUAAUAAGGAAAUUUUGGAAAAAUUAUUUACAGAACCAAUAAAUAUUUCCUACGUUAUAUUGCCAAAGGGUGAUGAUGCUUAUAGAACGAGAUCACUUCUGUUUGAAAAUGUAGAUAAUGCAAUUAAUUUACAUUCUUUUAUCACAAACUUCGUUAAAAAUAAUUCCAUUGAAAGUAUUUACCUCGUCCCUAAUAAAAAUGAUUCAAAUACAUGCGACAUUAUAUUAAGUUUUCUAUCACGCCACAUAUGUCUAGAUUUCUAUAAUAAUGUAUUGCAAAGAUUAAAAGAAUUUAAAAAACACUUAAACUCUGAAUCACUAAAUUUAAAUUUUGUAUCACUGAAAUAUAAUAAAACCACCAGGGAUAAUCAAGGACCUUCCUUGGAAUUUAACAUAGUCACAAGAGAUGCAACAAGGUCUUUAGCCAUAGAGCUUUGUUCUAACGAAAAUGAUAGUCUAAUACUGGAAAAAGAACAAUUGUUCGAAAAGAUAUUGAAUGAAAUUUUACGAACAGAUGAAAAUAAAAGAUACGUCCUGGAAUCUAUUGAUUUGGUUAGUACCGAUAAAUCAAAUAAAGAAUUUGGUAAAAAUUAUGCAAUUCUAUCUUUCUUGAAUAUCACUAUGGCAAUUGAAAUAAUGGAUUAUAUUCAAGUUAUCUCUUCGAAACUUAAUAUUGGAAAAUGCUCCUUCGUUACAAUUCAACCGUUGAUAGAAAAUAACGUAAUGAAUAACUCUUCUGCAUUAUCAUCCGCUACAAAUAUUCAAAGUUCUGUUUCAUCAGAAGGUAAUAAUAACCAAAAUAAUAAUGGCAGUACAUUUUUUCAUAAAAAUAGUAUAAACAGUCUAUUAUCAUCAGAAUCUUCCGUAUCCAUCGACGAAGAAGUAAUAUCAAUAGCCGAUAAAUUGAAAGGAAUAAAAUUGAAAGAUAUUUCUCUCGAUAUUCUACCGAGGGAUUAUCCUGAACCAGAAUUUAAUUUUAGUACAGAUCAUCUACCAAACGUGACUAUUUCAGUACCAACUCAAUUGGAUCAAAUACCGGGUACGCCAAGAACACAAGAAAUAUAUAUAAAUGAUAUGUCGCCGUCUUUUGAAGGUAUUGAUAUGAUGAAUAGUUCUUCCACUAUGCUUUCUGGAAACGGAACAUUCAUUUCGAACACGCCGAUGUUGAUUCCUUCUCAAAGUUUCUAUAUGGAUCAAAAUACUCAAAUUCAGGAGGCACCAUUUAGAUCCAAUUCUUUUAUCCAUCCAAUAACUGACUCAUUAGAAAAUCAAUUAAGUACUUCCGCAAAAGUUGCAUCUGCAAUGGGUAGUGAUGCCGGUAAUAGAACAAUAUAUAUUGGUAACAUCAACCCGAGAUCAAAGGCAGAAGAUAUUUGUAACGUUGUCCGUGGUGGUAUUUUACAAAGCAUUAAAUUUAUUGAAUCCAAGCAUAUCUGUUUCGUAACUUUCAUCGAAGCAGCGGCUGCUGUACAAUUUUAUGCAAAUGCGUUCAUUGAUCCUAUUGUAUUACAUGGCAACACACUUAAAUUAGGAUGGGGUAAUUAUUCGGGUCCCUUACCAAAAUCUAUCGCACUAGCUGUCACCAUUGGGGCUAGUAGAAAUGUGUAUGUGAGUUUGCCUGAAUUUGCUUUCAAAGAUAAAUACAUUAAUGAUCCUGAAUUUAAAGAGUAUCAUGAAAAAUUCAAACUACCAGAUCCUGAACAAUUGAGAAUAGAUUUCAGUUCAUAUGGCCCCACAGAACAAAUCAAUUAUCUUUCUGAUAGUCACUGUUGUUGGGUGAAUUUUAUGAACAUUAGUUCAGCUAUCAAGUUAGUAGAAGAAGCAACAAAUGAUUUUGACAGAUUCAAUGAAAAGUUUGAUGAACGUUACAAUGGUUUAGUGAUAAAUUAUGGUAAAGAUCGUUGUGGUAACAUUAAUAAGAAUUUGAUUGCAGGCAAAAAUUCAAGAUUUUAUAAAAUAAGACAAAAUCAUAAUUUUAAGUUAAGCAAGUUAGAAGAGAAAAGAAGAGAUCAUGAUAGAAGAGAAAAUGGAUUUAAACAUGUCUAUAAUGAUGAGGAAACCAUCUAUAACGAAAGUAUGGAGACUGACAAUCAACAUAAUGAGGAAUCAAAGGAAAAUGAUGGCAAAUUCCUUCAAUUGGAUUCCUUAGGAAUUAGUUUGGAAAGUAAGAAUGAAAUUGCUGACGAUAUCAAUGAUGCUUUGACUGUUGACCAGUUCGAAAAUGAAAAAAGCAUAACAAAGAAUAAUGGCUUUGAAAAUACAUCAUUCCAUUCCGAUUCCUCGUCUGACAUAGAAUUAAUAAUAAAUUCCCCAAAUAGUCUUCGGACUAAAGAUAACGAUGUGCUAGAUAGCGAAAAGAUUAUUAAUAGUGCAAAUACUACGAACAGGACAGGAAAUGCUAACGGCUACAAGAACGACUACACUAAGAACAGAAAUGACGGCAUGAGAAAUAAUAGAUCCCGUAAUAGAAGUAGAUACUCUAGAACUAUUCCUGGUUCCGAUGUCAUGGCUCAGUAUCUUGCUCAAUUACAACAUUCAACUUUUAUGUAUGCCGCAAAUAUUCUGGGAGCUUCAGGCGAGGAAGAAUAUUAUGACGAAGCAGAAUUACCCACUGUCAAUGAGGACUAA